GUGCUAACUGUGAAGAGUAAGUAACCGUCGCGCACUGAUCUCUACGCAGCGCAACCGGAGAUCUAUCAACACAGCCUGCGCGCAUCAUAAGAGUGGGUUAAAAGCACAUGAAGCUUAUUGUAUGUCUCCGCAGCAACAGAUCUAAAAUGGACAAAAUGACUCUGAACCACUCUGCUGUGAAUGUCACUCUGGACAACUGCACGCUCUUGCCGUAUUACAUCCACUCAGCAGGGAUGGCGGUCAGCUACAUUCUGUCCUACCUGCUGGUGCUGCUGCUGUGCAUCGUGGGCAAUGGACUCGUCUGCUUGGUGGUCAUCAGGAACCGCAACAUGCGUUCAGUUACUAAUCUCUUCAUACUCAACCUGGCCAUCAGUGACCUGUUGGUGGGAGUGUUCUGUGUGCCUAUCACACUGAUUGACAGCCUCAUCUCAGGUUGGCCAUUUAGCCAGAUCACGUGCACAAUGAGUAACCUGGUCCAGGGCAUGUCAGUGUCUGCCUCCGUCUUCACCCUGGUUGCCAUAGCAGUAGACAGGUUUACUGGCAUUGUUUACCCAUUCCGUCAUCGUCUGAGGCCAGUCACUGCGUUCUUCGCCAUCGUCUUUAUUUGGAUUCUCGCAUUUGCAAUCAUCUUCCCUUCAGCUGCAACACUGAAGGUCAUACACCUGGAGAACAUCUACAUGGUCCAAGAAAACCAGCUCUACCCACUGUUUGUGUGUUUUGAGGAUUGGCCCAGAGCAGACAUGCGGCGAGUCUACACCACCGUCAUCUUCAUCCACGUGUACCUGGCCCCGUUGGGUCUCAUAAGCAUCAUGUAUGGGUGCAUUGCCUCCAAACUCUCCAACAACCUGCGUGAGAACCGGCUUCAUUCCAGAAGAAGGAUGAAGGUCAUCAAGAUGCUUAUUAUGGUCGCCGUUCUCUUCAUGGUAUCUUGGCUCCCACUCUGGACGUUGAUGCUUCUUACUGACUAUCAGGAUCUGGACAGGCAACAAAUUGAUUUCUUGAGCAGCUAUCUUUUUCCAGUCGCACACUGGCUGGCUUUCUUCAACAGUGGUGUUAAUCCAAUCAUCUACGGCUUCUUUAAUGAGAACUUCCGCAGGGGCUUCCAGGCAGCUAUGGCCUGCAGUUCCUGCAACUCUGUUGUGUCCGAGAUGUGUCACACACAUUUUGUGCUCCCGCCCCCUAACAAGGUGUCCGACGAGAACAGAGGUGUGACCAGCAGGCGGAAAGAGCGCUGUUUUGCUGUAAUGCCUCGAGGAACAGGUCGUGGUAUUCAUGGAAUUCUCCUUGAGGAUAUGAAUAGAAUUACAGCUUCCCAUAGAGUGCUUGGAGCCUGGAUGGAGUAAAGGAUUUCCACUAUAUUUGGAGAAGUCUAUCUGUUUGUGUUACCAUUUAUCUCAAUGGCAGUUGCUUGGCUGGCACAUGCAGCACUGGAAAUACAAGACCUGAAUGCUGCCAUCUUUGCGUCAUGGGCACUCAGUUCUGGAAACAAGUUUUCAUCUGAGCUGUAAAUGUCAUUUAAAAUGUUAUUGAUAAUUCUACAAUUGAACUUCUUGUAGUGGACAUUGAAAACUGUUAGUCCAUUUCACGCUGUUAAGAGUGCUCAAAAAGGGUCACUGUUCAUCAGGAUACACUGUUUUGGCACUCAUAAUGGUGUAGUGAGGCGCUAACUGCUGAAGCUAAACAGCCAAAUAUUGACCCAUUGGUUACAAUAACACAGGAGUAUUGUUUGGAGUAUUGUUGCAGUGUGGAUCAAGAAAAUGCGCUUGUUUCCUAAUUUGGUUACUCUCUCAACCAAAUUGUGUUUUAGUCAAAUGUGGAUGGUCUCAUUUGGGGGUUUUACCACUGGGCACAAUUUUUACUAAUUUAAAUACACUUUGGGACAUUGCAGCCAUGGAGUAUUAUAUUAAAUUCACACAGCCUAAAACUGUUCAUGCAAAUCAACUCCACUGGUGUGUAGAGUGACAUUUUAAGAGGUGUUUUUUUUUUCUUUUUUUUUCUGUGUACAAGCCUAAAGGGUCCAUCUGAAGUGUUACUCAAAGACCCUAAUGACAGACACCCAUAGCAGAAUGAAGAACAGUGUCUUAAGUGAUUUUGCUUCAGGAUGUUGCUUCAUGACAUUAAUGAAUCUGAUGAAUAAUUAAAAAAUAAUUCAAUUCUCAUUUAGAUGUUUUGCCAGGAAUGAUCUGUAUACAGUGUAUAAUGUUUUACAUUUCAAAAUGAGUUUUUUUUUUUAGAUCUGUUUUUAAUCUGUUUUAGAGUAUUUUUAUUUUUUUUUCAGCUUGUAAAUGUGUAAAGUGUUAAGAAGCCAAAAGAAAACAGAAGGAAAACAAACAUGCACAUCUGUGUUUGUGUGGAUAUGUGGUAUGUAUUUUGUGCCCAUUUUGUGCCCAUUCCUCUAGAUUUGAGUGACAUGUAAUGCUGAAAGAAAAAAGACAACAGAAAAUAUUUUUAUUGUCGUUAUUACGUUAUUCCUCAUAUGAUGUCUUGUUGUUUUUUAUGCGUGGUAACACCAAGCUGUUGUUGUAAUAUGAAUUCUAAUCGGCGCCAAGCCAGCCUUGUUACCUGUGCCCUCCUUUAAACUUUAAAAAAAUUUAAUUUCCUUUGAAAACUUCAAAAGUUAUAUAUUUGCUGUUAUGUUUACUUGAAUAAUGCAUUCCAGUAUACAGUAUAUGUUCAUGGAUUCAUAAUUCAGGAGUAACAUUGACAGUAACUGAAUGUUCAAAAAAUGUUAUGUAUGUUUACAUGUUUAAAUAUCCAGUAGGUGUUUCAAUGAGGGGUAACUUAAUUUUUUUAUAGUAUAUAUGUGUGUGUGUGUGUGUGUGUGUGUGUGUGUGUACACACACACACACAAACACAUUGCCGUUAAAAAGUUUGGGGUCACUUGACUGAAAUGUUUCACAUGAUCUUAAAAAUCUUUUGAUCUGAAGGCGUAUGCUUAAAUGUUUGAAAUGAGUUUUGUAGACAAAAAUACAAUUGUGCCAACAUAUUAAUUUAUUUCAUUACAAAACUAAAUUUUAUUUAAAAAAAAAAAGUUUUUGAAAUGGAUGGCUUGAACAGAAUAAUAUAGAAAAGCAGCUAAUAAGUGCCCAGUAUUGAUGGGAACUCCUUCAAUACUGUUUAAAAAACAUCACAGGGUGAUACCUCAAGAAGUUGGUUGAGAAAAUAUCAAGAGUACAUGUCUGCAAAUUCUAUGCAAAGGGUGACUACUUUGAAGAUGCUAAAAUAUAACACAGUUUUGAUUUAUUUUGGAUUAUUUUUUUAUUUUAUUUUUUUGUCAGUUUUGUGACUACUGUUAUCCUUAAAUGUGAAAAAUAAUAAUAAUAAAGAAUGAGUAAGUGACCCUAAACUUUUGACUGGUAGUGUAUAUAUGUCUUUCUUAGGGUUUGCGUAUGCCCACCUGAAAUAAGCGAUUAUACGUAUGGCCGCCAGAACAACGAGUAGUCUUUUGACCAGGAACUUUUUCAAUCUGCUAACCAUUGAUAACCAGUCUGCCACAGCACCAUUGAGUGAAUUGUAUAUAUGUAUUUCAGGUGGGCAUACGCAAACCCUAAGAAAGAUAGGUGGGCAUACGGCAUAUGCCUGGGUAUGCCCUAGACCACUCUACAAGACACUGAUCCCUCUUGUUUGAACGAGCCUUGUGACGGAACAAGCGCUUUCUGCUUGUGUCUUUCAGCUGCAUGUUAAGAUGAGCGGAAGAAGUAAUAGUCCCAUCCUGCACAAGUAUUUGCUAAUAUAGCCUAAUCCUUUUUAUUUCACUUAGAAGCUUAUGAUUAUUGUUCAUGGUAACCAAAUAAUAAUAUCCCUAGUUACAUUUUUAUUUUUAUUUUUUAGAAUUUAUAUUUUUGAUACAACAUCAGUAUUGGAUGUAUCGAUAGGCUACUUUAGGAUUGAUCCGCCCAUCCCUACCAUAUUCAACAACCUGAAUAUUGAGACCUGAAUUUCACAACCUGAAUUUUUUUAGGUGAAUUCACACAAAAUGUUUACAAAUAUUCAAAAUUAACAGCAACAUUUUUCAAUAACAUCAAAUUACACUCAGUCACACUUUUUUUUAGACUUUUUUUCAAGAUCAUGAAUUUGGAGGCUUUUUCAAAUUCAAGUUUUGGUGAUAUAAAAAUGACGCCAUAGGCUACGAGAUCACCAAUGAUGAGAGCGCUCUUGUAGACGGGAGUGUCAAUAGCGCUGCGCAAAGUUGUUAUAAAACAAGAUAAUUAUAUAUCCUAUUCCUUGAUCACCCUACCUGAGAUUGAACAUAAAACCUUUGUAUUAGUAGCCCAAUAUCUGAACUAUUAUAUAUAUAUAUAUAUAUAUAUAUAAGCAGGGUUGGGGAGUAACGGAAUACAUGUAACGAGAAUACGUAUUUAAAAUACAAAAUAUAAGUAACUGUAUUCCACUACAGUUACAAUUUAAAUCAUUGUAAUUAGAAUACAGUUACAUUCAAAAAGUAUUUUGAUUACUGAAGAGAUUACUUUGCAUUUUAUUGUCAUUUGUUUCAUUUAAUAUUUAAUCCUUUCAAAUGGAAAACAUUUAUACAUAUAAAUGAUGCGAUCCAAAGUGCAUUUGAACAGCGGUGAAACACUUUCUUAUGAUGUGUUACAUUCAUACGAGCAGACAAAGAAGUAAGUUUGAAGUAAGUUUGGAGCAGAAGGAAUAGAAAUAAACCUUGUGUAAAUUGUCGGCUUUACGCUAAGAUAAAAUGCUAUUUCUAGCCAUUUUACAUGCACGUUACCAGGCACGAUCAUAUUUUUUUAUAAAAAAAAUUCACGUUGGAUCAUAAUUUCUUUUUUUCUAGUAAGACAUUUGAUAUUAGGGCAAAAAUCGUAUUCUUGACCAUUUUUGUAUUGUUUUCCUGUAAAAAUAUAAAAAAAUCCUUAAAACAACACUGCAUAAAAUAUUUAGGUUUUUCAGAGAAUGUAUUUUUAACAUGUGUAUUUUGUCUUACUGUACUGGCAGAGUUUUUAUAGUCAAAACAAGUGAAAAAAUCUACCAAUGCUGAAGAAGUAAUCCAAAGUAUUUAGAAUACGUUACUGACCUUGAGCAAUCUAACGGAAUAUGUUACAAAGGACAUUUUACAGCAUAUAUUCUGUAAUCUGUAGUGGAAUACAUUUCAAAAGUAACCCUCCCAACACUGCCAAUUGUUUACAUUACCAAUCUGGAUUGCUUGAGUUAGCAUGCCAUCUCGCUUUUUAAUAUUUUCAUCAAAUUCUGAAUAGUCUAAUCUUUUUUUAUAUUUAUCCAACACAUCCAACCUCUUCUGCCAUUUCAUUCCUCUGAAAUAAAACACUUGCAAUGUACAUAACAGAUUGUAUUUGCACUGUACAUAACAGAUAACAGAUUUGUAUUAGCAUUUGCACUACGUAUGUGUAUGUGUGUAUGUAUGUAUGUGUAUAAUUAUUUUUUUUUAAUUAUUAUUAUCUAUGUCUUGCUGCUGUUUUUGUAUUGUUUUGGUAUUGUUGUACACUGGAAGCUCCUGUCACCAAGACAAAUUCCUUGUAUGUGUAAAUAUACUUGGCAAUAAAGAUGAUUCUGAUAUGUAUUACAUUUGUAGACUACUGAUGAUUUGUCAGUGUCUUAU